GCUUUGAAUUUUUGGUGUGGAGGUGAACUGCGGUGAGCUUCCUUUCCAACUUUCUUUUAUCAGUUUUUUAGUCAGCUGGGGGCCGUUCAGGUGUAGCAAACUGUAGGUAGGGGUGUCUGCCGUCGAAAGUGGAUUGUGUGUUCCCCAGGAUUGCUUGUUCCACGGAGUUACGGGCGGAUUUGUGCCGUACGGUUGGCGAGAAAGGAUCGCGAGGCCGACCGAUGUUCAGACCGGAACACCUUUAGUCGGACGGGAGUGGUGUGUACAUAGUGCCAACCAACACUGUAGGACUGCUCAAAACAAGUGUCUAUUAUUCCGUUUUCCAACGUGCUGUGUCGUGCAGAAUCUCGGGAGAACUCGACGCGUGUUUUGCUGUGUAAAAUGAGCUGAGAGCGCCCUCCCUGCCACCCUGCAGUACGUGGCAAAACAAGCCUGAGUUUAGUCCGAUUUUGUCGGGACAGGGACUCAACAUGGCCGAGGAGGAUGCAGACAUCUCUCCCAUGGAGGCCUUUAUGGACAGUCCCUUGGUGGUCUGGGCCAAGACCUUCAGCCCUGGCUCCAAGGUGGAUUUCACAAACUUAGUGGAAGGAACGUUCCUGAACGAGAUGAUGCUCCAAAUUGACCCUCGACCAACUAACCAGCGGAUCAACAAGCAGGUGCAAGGCCAGGUGCACCUACGUAUCCAGAACCUGGCUAUUCUGAUGAGGCACAUCAAGUCCUACUACCAGGAUGUUCUUCAGCAGCUGAUUGUGAUGAAGCUCCCUGACAUCAUUGCUAUUGGCAAGGAGCCUGAAGGAGAACAAUGUAUCCAUGAGCUGAGAAAGAUACUGCUAUUAGUGCUGGGAUGUGCAGUACAGUGUGAAAAGAAGGAGGUCUUCAUUGAGAAAAUCAAGGAGCUAGACCUGGAUGUACAACAUGCCAUGGUUGGACACAUUCAAGAGAUAACGGACAACACAGACAACAUCUUCUGUACCCAGUGGAGCGAGCUGACAGAGAUCCCUCCUGAGGAGUUGGAUGGUCUGUCAAGGAACAUGUUCUACCAUCUCAAGAGGCUGGUCAAUGAGAGGGACGACUACUGUGAGGCACUUGCAGAGAUCACACAGGAGAGGGACUACUACCAGCAUGCUCAGCAGGAGGCAAGCAAACAGGCACAGUCUCCAGUUGCACCCGGGCAGCCACAGGACAAAAACCACCUGACAGUGGAACUGGCCGACACCAAGGCCCGACUGAGAAGACUCCGCCAGGAGCUGGAAGAGAAGAGCGAGCAAGUGGUGGACUUUAAGCACGAGAUCGAGCAGAUCAACCUCACCCUGCAGAAACUCCGGCAGGAGAACCUGGAGCUGAGUACGGACGCGCGGUCGGCGAGGGCCUACAGGGACGAGCUGGAUGUGGCCAAGGAGAAGCUGAGCAAGACGGAGAAGUUUGAGUCUGAGAUCCAGAGGUACAAGGAGAAGCUCAACGACUUGGACUUCUAUAAGGCCCGGACUGAGGAACUACGAGAAGACAACAGGAUCCUGCAUGAGACCAAGGCCAUGCUGGAGGAGCAGAUGGAGUCCCUGAGGGCCAAGAAGGAGAAGUGGGUGGAGGUGGAACAGGAGAACCUCCGGAUCAAGGCACAGCUGAAGGAGAUGGAGGAGAGAAGAGAUGAAGACAGGAGGAGGAUUCAAGAGCUGGUUGAUGAGAAUAUGGCUCUUGACCUGGACAAGAGGCAAACCCUUAACGAGUCCUUAACCCUCGGGAGGGAACUGGAAGAUGCCAAGAGCAAGAGUUCUUCAGGCUGGUCCUACAAAGGUUACUACCCACUGGCCGCGGAGUGUAACGAGUCGGCGACCAGCCGAGCGCUGCGGCUGGAGAAGGAGAACAAGAGGCUGGUGCAGGAGAUGGAGGAACUACGGGAGCAGAUGCACCACUCUGACUCUAGUAAUACAAGAAUGACUGAGCUGGAGAAGGAGAACCAGCGCCUGAGUGAGAAGUUGAAGCGCCUGCAGGACAGUGCCACCAAGGAGACCCAGAGCCUGCUGGACCUGGAGCAGUUUAGUGAUGAUCUCAUCAAGGAUAAGGCUCAGCUUGAGCAGACGUUGGAAACAAUUAAAGAAAACAGUGAGAGACAGAUCCAGGAACUGGAGAGAGAAAAUGAGCAGCUUCAACAGACGAUAAACACACUCAGGCAGAGAACGCAGAUUUCUUUAGAUGCUCGUGUCAAGGAUAUUGAGAAAGAAAACAAGACCUUGCACGACAGCUUGAGAGAGACAACCAGCAAGUUGUCCCAAGUCGAGUUGGAGAAGAAGCAGCUUAGUCGCCAGUUUGAGAGAAUCCGUGACAAUGCAGAGAGGGCAGAGGAGAUGGAGAGGGAAAAUGUAAAAGUCGGCAGAGAAAAAGAACACUUACAGAGGACAAUAGAAACUCUGAAGAUCUCUUGUGAGAAUUUUGACCAACUGGAGAAGGAACACAAUGCAAUGGAAAAAGAACACAGAAAGCUGAAGAAGGAGGUAGAUAGUUUGAAGUCAAAGGCGGAGAAGUUUGAUGAGUCCGAGAAGGUCAACAUCCAGCUGAAUGCAGAGAAGCAGCGACUACAGAGAACCAUCGAAAACCUGAAGGGCACAGGCAGCAAAGUGUCUGAGAUCGAAGAGGAGAAGGAAGAGCUGGAGAAAGAAAAUCACCAGCUGAAGAAGAUGCUCGCAACCUCAAAAGAAUCCGUCCAAAGGCUCGAGGAAGACAACUUGAGGUUAGACAGCCAGAACCAGAAGUUGACGAAGUCUGUGGACCAUUCCAGUAGGAAGGUGGAGGAUCUACGGAAAGAGAACUCCGAGCUGGAAAGCGAGGGCCAGAGGCUCCAGAAAAGUCUGGAGAACAUGAAGGCAUCCAGCAGGAAGCUGCAGCGGCUGGAGAAGGACAAUCGUGACCUGGAGACAACAAACACUCAGCUGGAGAGGAGUCAGAAGCAGUUGGAAAAGGAAAACAAGAGAUUGAGGCAGUCCAUGGAGAUGAAGGAGGGCAUGUUGGAGGACAGUAACACCAGGAUAGCCAGUCUGGAGACAGAGAUCAGGCACAUGCAGAAGGACAAGGAGAGAAGUAAGGAUACAGACAGCAGGAUUCAGGAGUUAGAGAAGGACAACAAGGAUCUGCUGAAGCAAACAACUAUGGACAAGAAAACACUGGCGACGCUACGGGAGGAACUGGUGAAUGAGAAACUGCACAACCAGCAGCUGACCAAUGAGCUGGAGAAGCUAGCAGCAGAACUGGAUAAGAUCGGUCUAAACAAGGAGAAACUUCUACAACAGGAGCACUCACAGGACGAGAGCCGGUGGAAGGCCCUAGAGUCCCGCAUGGAGAGUGAACUGAAGAAGAGCCUUGAGAUUAAGGAGGAGAAGGUCCAUGCACUGGAGAGUCGGCUCCAGGAGUCAGUUAACAGGAAUCAGAAGCUGCGCGACGAGUUGAGAACUCUGCGCCGGGAACACGAGGCUCUACAGCAGAAGUACGAGGAGGAGCAGGGCUCCAGCCCCCCCAAGGUCACGGUCAGGCGCACCACCCAGGGGGAAACCACCAGGGAGCUCAUCAAGAUGAAGGAUCAGGUCAUUGAGUUGGAGAGAAAUAAUGCCAAAUUUGAGACUGAGAAUAGCAGCCUGAAGCAGCAAAGUAGGAGCCUGGAGUCCCAGUGCAACAAGCUGCAGCAGCAGGUGUCCUCGCUACAGUCCCAGAAUGCCUCUCUACAAGGGCAGAGCAGCAACCUGCAAUCCCAAAAUGCAAAGCUGCAAGUCGAACUCUCUACACUGCAAUCCCAGAAGUCCUCUGUCACUUCUGAACACACCAAACUGCAAACUCAACAUUCCCAGGCAGAGACACAGUACAAGUCUCUGCAGAGAAGGUACGACGACAUGAGAAGUGAACACACGGCUCUGCAAAAAGACUUUGAGCGUCUGCAGAAACUGCACAGUACCCUGUCCUCAGACAAUGAAGCCAUGGCUUCGGAGCACAGCAUGUUGAAGUCCAACUUUAAGAUACUGAAGAGUGACAACAAGAGGCUGGAGGACCAGUACAACUCACUUCUCAAGGAGAACGAGGGUCUGAAGAAGAUGAAGUCCACGUUUGAAUCAGUUAGGUCAGAAGACAGAACCCUGGCUGCUGUCAAAGCAGAUAAUGAAAGGUUGCAGGCAACCAACAGGAAGCUGACAGCAGACUACCAGGACCUGCAGACUGACCACAAGGGGCUGAAGCAGACCUACAACAGUCUACAGCUGGAGCACACCCAGCUAGCUGGGGACCUUAGGGAGUUCCAGUCACAGUACAUGCAGAUGGACAUGGCCACCUCCAAAAUGGAGGGCAGAUGUGAGAUGCUGCAGCAGCUGAACCGUACACUGGAGGAGGAGAACAAACAGCUGAUGUCACAGCUGACCAAGCUGCUGGAACAGAACCAGGAGCUGUUAGCUCAGACUCUGGAGAGCAAGGAGCAGUUCCACGAGGAGGAGAGACAGUUUUCUGACAAGUUGAAUGAGUUGCGGAGGCAGAAAGAGAAGCUGGAGGAGAAGAUCAUGGACCACUACAAGGGCUAUGAACCAUCUCCUCCCAGGAAGAAGGGCUUCAAACUCUUCAACAAGAUAUCAGCAGCAAUGAGUAGGACAAACAAGGCACCAAAGGAGAGGGACAAGAAGACUUCCAAGGUGAGCUUGUCUGACCACGUGGAUGGCCAGGGUGCGGAGCGGUCCGACAGUUCUUCCAUCGGCUCCUACGGUGACUCCCUGGAUGGGUCCGCUGAGAACACCAACUCACAGAAAACCAACAACGUUCAAUCAGAUUCCACAAGGCAAUCCCGACAGAAAGUCAAGCGCAGGUUUACAUUUUCUCCUGGAGAUUUGCUUGAGUCUUCGCUCAAGUCUCCCCGCUCUCCCAGAAGCACCAGUCCCCGGAGAGUCACCACUUUGAAACGUUCCAUGUCUCAGGCCAUCGUGGAUGAUUACAUUGACAUGGUGUUUAAGAGCAGACGAACAAACCUGAGGAAACACAAGUACAGGAGUGAAACCGUACUCAACACCAUCUUGAGGGAUGAGAAGGAAGAGCCCCAGACUAAGGACAAGAAAAAGAAGAGGGUGCGCGUGCUGGACAACAACCAAAAAGUGCUGUCCAAAAGUCUGGACGACAUCGAUGAGGAAUGCAACAGAGACAGUGGCAUAGACUAUGACCCGUACCCCUUGAGAGACAGGAAACAGAAGUACAGGAGUGAGCUGGUGCUGUACCGCACCUCGUAUCCUUGGGACUAUGAAAUUGAGUCCUCCCGACCCAGACCAUUGCAGGAACGACGGAACCAUUACAGAAGUGAAGAGUUUCUGCACAGACGGUCCAUGCCUGCCCUUGAUGUGAUCAGUGAGAAUUUCUGUGCCUUGUCUAGUGAGGACCUCCACCUCAACAUUCCACCUGAAGCUGACUCACAAAGCUCAGGCUCUGCCGGGUCUCGCCCAGCAUCACACAACACCAGUUACAACAGUGAAGGCAACCGCAGUUGGUCCAAUUACAGCACCAACAUCUCGCCAAGGAUAGAAAUAGAUCGUAUCAGAGCGGGCAGCUUGGGAAGCGAAGAUCACAUUCCAACCAAGGACCCAGGCAGUCUUGUUCCGCCCGUUGACCGCGCCCGUACGGCCUCCUACAACUCGUACGACUCCAGGGACAGCUCGCCACGGGACUCCACUUCCACACCUCGGUCACAUGCGUCAACACCGAGGUCUCAGUACAAUGCAGUGUCACCGGGCAGCGAGAUGGUAUCGUUGGAGCAGUUCUUAGACGAAAGCAACAAGGUUCCCUCUCCACUGUUUACAAGGAAGAAGAUGGAAAAGAGCAGGUCCCAGGACUCCGACUCAUUGCUGCAUGACAGAGACAAGGAUCAUCUGGCACGUAACAUGAUGUACAGCUCCAUGUCACAACUCCCAGGGGAGUCUCAUUCCUCCAGGCCACCCUCCAGUCCCAACUUCAAUGCCAGAAGGCAACAUUAUCAGUCAGAAGUGAACCUGUCGUCCAUUCCAAAAGACAGGAGUCAAGACAGGAUCCAUCCAGACUCGCGUGCCAUGUCAUCCUCUACCAGCCGGCUAGACGGCAGCCAUCCUCCUGCACCUCCUCAGCGGUACGCACCUUCCAAGAUGCUGAGCCCAGCACCCAACCCCCAGUCAUCUCCCGUGCAGACACGGGUAUUGACAGUCUCCAACAGGCUGGAUCGCUUGUCCAAAACGCCAACUCCAAGCCAACCCCAAACUGUCACUGUCAAAACCACCACCAUUCCCGGAACAGACAAGCCCACCAUCAUGGAUGGAAAGACGCCGUCGCCUCGGCACGAGUAUGGAGGUGGGGACGCACCUCGAAGACCGCCACCGGAAUACACAAACUAUUCUCCUCGUGGUUACAAACCUCCGUCCACCAGCACUCCUCAGUCUGUCAGGUACUCUGACAGGCCGACACCUAACCCGAGAAAUUUGAACUCACAGUAUGACUCCAGACCGGACUAUAGUAGAGACAGUAGGCCCAGUCCCAGAGAAGGACAAUAUGGCAGGGCUCCCCCAUCUCCUGGCAGGGCUCCCCCAUCUCCCAGACAACAGAGGGCCAACCCCAGGCCUCCACAGGAACAGAAAUCCUCCGUUAGACAAACAGCUGCCAUGUUCGAGCAAAAGGGCCGGGAUGAUGACAGGAAGGGAGAAGCACCAAAUAACCAGGGUGGGCCCUCAGGCGCUGAGGGGUCGUCCAUCUGGUAUGAGUAUGGAUGUGUCUAAUAAGUAGGGAACUGUGCUGUACAGAUUUGAGUUAUUGUUUGGAAAUAUCAUUUCAAAUUCCCUUAGUAACCUGGCUUGUAAUCAUUGAUGAGACUGAAAAGUUUGCCAAAAUUAUGUUUGUUUUAUGAAAAAUAUUGAUUAUGUUGACAAUCAGAGGAAAUUAUCUUUGUUUAUGUAGAUAGCACUUGUUUGUAAGCUAUAUACGAGUGUACAUUUUGUUUGCCAUCUGAGUGCACAGUGUGGAGACUGCAGUGUGAAGGAGGGGUUGUGGUCUAAAAACCCAUGUUUGCUUUCCUAUUUAAUUUAAACCUGUACAUUUGAUUUCCUGUGGGGUUGACCAUCCCUGAUAUCAGUACACAGUAUUACACUUAACACAACUUCUCGUUUUGUUUGUGGUCAUACAUGUACCACUUGUAAGAGUUUGUCUUUAAGAUAAUAUCUUAGUUUUAGUUCUUGCUGUCCUGACAUCCCUAUAAAUCAGACUGUGCACUGUGUCAAAAGAAAACUGAGCAGGAUGAUAACAUGCUCCUGGUUGUGUGCUCAAUAAUCAUUCUUCCACACUUCAUACAGAAGUACUAUCAUUGUUUCUUGCAGUUAUCACAACAGUUAAUGUACUGUGUAGUUGUUUUGUACACAUUGCUUUAAGCAUUAAUCAUGUGAUCAAGGAUCCAUGAGUGCCGGGGUUUGGGAUUUGUAAUUAUGGCUUUAUAUCAAACCUCUACGUUGUAAGAUUUUGUAUCGGCCAAAAUUGAAAGGAUGUAAAAUAAUUUGACUUUCUACCCUGUGAUCAGAGUGUAAGCUAGAAUAGCUGUCUUGCUGUUAUUUUGGAAUAAAGGAAGUUGUCUUCAGGA